AUGUCUGCUGGAGAUUCUUCAUCUGCUUCAUACAUACACAUGGUGCAAUACAUGAUAGAGAAGUGUUUGAUCUACCACAUGAGUAAAGAAGAGUGCAUGGAAGCUCUCUCUAAACAUGCAAACAUCAUGCCUGUCAUCACCUCCACUGUGUGGAAUGAAUUGGAGAAAGAAAACAAGGAAUUCUUCAAGGCCUACGCAGAGUCAAAAACCAAAGACGACCGAAUGUCCGAGGAAGAAACAAGUCAAAUGAUCCAGAAGAUGAUUGAUAAGAUUGCAGCUCCCAGCAGCAGUAGCAGCUCUAGCUCUAAAGAUUCAAAAGAAACAAUGAUCCAGACGAUGAUUGAUAAUGCAGGUCCAAGCGCCAGCAGCUCGAAAGAUUCAAAAGAACAAACGCAAAAUGAUUAA